CUUUGGUUUAUGGAGAAAUAAUAUUUUAAAUAAUUACUUUGGUUUGAAUUACCUCUCGAAUCUAAGCUCACGCGCAUUUCACUACGCGCACUCACCACGCGCUCUCAAUCCCAUCCGGACCAGAGUUCAGCCGACUUCCCCGUUCCUCUCUCUCAUUUCUCCCUCUCUCUAUAACCCAACGAAAGGUUUUUUUUACCAGUUCACCGGAACCACCUAACAACUGCCGCCGGUGUAUUCAAGCUCUCAUCGUCUUUUUGCCGCUGUGAAAUUUCCCGGCGGCGGCGGCCGUAGGUGAAGAGAUGAACAGGGACGCGUCGAGCUGCAACACCUACGACUACGGCGAUGCUGUCUACUGGGACGCUCGUUACCAGCAGGAGGCUGAUUCUUUUGAUUGGUACCAGCGUUAUGCUGCUCUUCGUCCCUUCGUUCGUAAGUUCAUCAGCACUACCGCCUCUGUCCUUAUGGUCGGCUGUGGUAAUGCUGUCAUGUCAGAGGAUAUGGUCAAUGAUGGAUAUGAAGACAUAAUGAAUGUUGACAUUUCUUCGGUGGCAGUCGACAUAAUGAGAAGAAAACAUCAGUUCAUCCCCCAGUUGAAAUACAUGGAAAUGGAUGUCCGAGACAUGAGCUUUUUCCCAGACGAGAAAUUCGAUGCUGUCGUUGAUAAAGGGACACUUGAUGCAUUGAUGUGUGGCACUGAUGCUUCGAUUAGCGCUGCUCAAAUGCUGGGAGAAGUGAGUAGGCUUCUUAAAUCUGGAGGAGUCUAUUUACUGAUCACGUAUGGGGACCCGAAAGCUAGGAUGCCCUAUUUGAUGCGACCUUCGUACAAUUGGAAGAUAGCGUUGUUUAUAAUCCCAAGGCCAGGAUUCCAAAGGCCGGAAGGUUGUAACACACUAGAGAAACCAUAUCUAGAGCCAGUGCCUCUGACCGACAACGGCUUGCUGUUGCCGAGUUUUGUCAUAGAAGACCCAGAUUCUCACUUCAUAUACAUGUGUCAAAAGAUGGACGACUCGGAUCUUAAUAACAUAGCCCCGUAUCCAUUGAGCGCAGAUGUGUUAUAGGAACAAAUAAGGUACCUUACAAUACCUUUUAUCAUUUGCAUCCAUCCUAUUUUACAAGCUUGAAUAUGCAUUGUUGUUGUAAAAUGAUGUUCCUUGAAAAGAAGGAGAUUAAUAGACAUAAAACAACAUUGAAACUAACACAUAAAUGAGGGGAUACCAUGAGAGUCUAGAUUGAGGGGGGCUUCUUGCAUGCAAUUGGGUGGCUAUUCAACCAAUGCCUAAUCGAUUAUGACAAUGCAUUGGCCAUGUUUCUUGGGUGGGAGUGCUUGUUUGAGCACCUCAAAUCAGUAAACUUGGGCCACACGUAAACGUUAUUGAGCAUUUGAACAAUAGGGAUGCUGUUUUGAUUGGAUCUUUGAUGCUAUUCCCACUUUUUU